GGAGGCCUAUUUAAGGAGGCUUUUUGUGUGUGUGGGGAGCAAAAGAUGGCUUCUUGUAGGAGAGUGAUAGCUGGCCUCUGGUGGGCUGCUGUGUUUGUUGAGUUGCUGGCUGCCCAGGCUGUGGCCCAGGGCCAAGGCUUGCCUUCUCCAACAGCAGCGGGUUCUAACCCUCGUGAAGUGACAACCGCCACGAUGGGAUUCUUCAGGAAGGUCUUUCACGCUGCAAAGGGUCUAGUGUGGAGCGGCAACUCCAAUGCCACCAUGAGCACAGCGACCAGCUUGCCAACACUUCCUAGCCCCGUGGCAACCAGUGCACAGGCUCAGGUCCAGUUUGUGCAAGGUGCUCAGCCCAACGAGGUGAAGCUGAAUUUCUCUCUGAGGGUCCUUAACGAGGACCUCAGUGUUGCCGCAGAACCCGGUAUAUAUGUUGAAGGCUCUGUUAUUUACCUUGAAGCAAGAGUCCAGGCGAGUCCAGGCCUGUUCCCUAAGCUCUUCAUUGAUGAGUGCUAUGGAACUGAUGCCCAACCCCAGAGCCAUUUCAGGAGGGUCUACAUAAUUGUGGAUAACCAUGGGUGCAUGUCCAGCGGAGAGUUGGAGGCGAGGUGGUUCCGUAAAGAUGACUCUGUGCUUGUGUUCACAAUGCCUGCGUUCUUGCUGACUGGAAAAUCUGAGGAGAUCUAUAUUCACUGCCUCCUGACAGCAUGGAGCCAAAAGAUUCCACCCACCCCUGGCAAGAAAGCUUGUUACUUUGACAGCAUCUCCUCCAGCUGGAAGAACGUGGAUGAACCUUCCAAGACCUCUGUCUGCAAGUGUUGCGACAGCUACUGCCCCGUGGAGUCUCCACCGUUUGGAAACGAGAAAGCAUUUUGGGGUGAAGGGAGACUACACAGGGAGGUGGUUGGCCCUUUGGCAGUGCACAGAGAAGAUGUCCCCUGGUUUGAAGGACAAUGUCAUACCAUGAAGAGGUUUUUGCUGGUGAGCGUUGCCUUUGGGGGCAGCUGUCUGUUGGCGGCCCUCUUUGCCGGUGCCCUCGUGGCUCUGGGCCUGGCCGUGUAUCGCUACUCCCACACCAGCAAACCCCUGAAGAACCGGAUGGAGCAGCCCUACCAGACAGAGCUGCAGACGGUGCUUGGGAGCCUUGCUGUCGACGAAGAUGUGGAGAAGGAAUCGAGCCUGGACUAUUGCAAACUCAAGAGCGACACGCCUGAGAAGGCCUAACCCUCUCCUCCUCAUUUAAGCAGAAAUAAAGAAAUGGUAGAACACUUCCUAA